AGAUGCUUCUCAGGCAAAUGCUGCCUUCACUGCAGGAAGUGUAACGAAGCAGCACGGCGCAUGCUCUGGCACCUCUCAGACAAGAGAAGGAUGAACUGUCCGUUGCUGUAAGACGCCUCCUUGACUCGGGGACGCGCAGGGAUGUGCGUGCCGCCGCGCAAACAGACGUCAGCCUGAGUGGAUGAAGGAGGCUCUGUGGGGAGGGGUGAUGGAGGGUGCUGAGGUCACUUUGUCUUCAGGGGAUCUCAUGAUGGUAAAGGAAGAGGAGGGGGAGACCAGUGGCAACCAGAAGACUGAAGUAAUCCUGCACCUGGAGCCCAUCCUGCCUGGGGUAAACAGUGACACUGCUGACACUGGGACAACAGUCUUGGCCAUAGAGGCUCACCAUAAUGACAGUAAAGCAGAGGGGGAGGAGAUCGAGUAUGGGUACCCCAUCACCUGUGGAGACAGCAGAGCGGUCUUACUGUUUAAGAAGUUUGUUUGUCCUGGAAUCAAUGUCAGAUGUGUCAAAUUCAAUGAUCAGCUCAUUAGUCCUAAACAGUUUGUACACCUGGCAGGAAAAGCCACGCUGAAGGACUGGAAGAGGGCCAUCAGACUGGGAGGGGUCAUGCUCAGGAAAAUGAUGGACUCGGGCCAGAUAGAUUUCUAUCAGCAUGACACUGUGUGCAGCAACACCUGCCGCAGCACUAAAUUCGAUGUGCUGAUCAACAGCACUCGGCUUCCUCCAGGGACAUCAGUGCAGCCAAGCCCAUCAUGUCUGGCUCUUGACCCUGUGGGAGGACAGGUGCCUCUUCUGACAGCAGAGGUUUUGCAUGAUGCAGCAGAAGCAGAGGAGUCUUUGGAGGAUAGUUUAACAGCAGAGUGGAGUCCUGGUCCAGCCCGGCCUGUAAACCCUACAAGAGCCAACGGACACACAGCAAAGAGAAAGAGGAGUGACACACCUGAUGGAGUGUUGAACCUGUGGAAAUGUGUGGCGGACUCUGGACUCAUGGGAGAGGUCUUGUCCAGUCUCCAAACUGAAUUAUUAGCCACUUUUAAAGGAGUGGAGGUUCGCUGUGAAAAGACCAAAUUACAGGAGAAAGAUGCCAUCAUACUUAAUUCCUUGUGUGAGAUGUUUGGACUUCUAGAGUCAGUGAAGCAAGCUGUGGAGCUGAGGCGCAGUCAUAAUGAAGAGAACAAAAUCCAUAACAAUAUUUAUGUGUUGGAUGAAACCUUGGAGGCAACUUUCAAACCCACAUCCUCAAAACAUCCACGAAAUCAACGUCACAGUCCAUCAAACGACCAAACCCUAAACGCCACCAGCUCAGUCGUCCAGCCUUUCUCUAUUAUCGGUUUGUCUGCCGCAUCAUUGGCAGAGCGUGGUAUCAACCCUCUGCACUUCACCCAUUUCUCUGCCUGCAUCUCCGCCGGGCAGGAUGCUGGACAGCCCCUGCAGAUGACUGACAGACUGAUGGACGGGGACAGCCGAGGGGUCAAGUUGGAGAGGAAGAAUGAUCAAAGCGAGACGGGGAACCGUGAAAAGAGUCACAGGAGACAGGAGGGCGUAAAGAGAGAAGACACCUCAGGGAUCUACAAAGAAGCUCAACAAAGGACUGUUCAGUUUCAUGAAGACCCUCACCUUAAAGAUGAGGAAAUGAAGAAUGACAGCGUGCAUGACAUUCACAAGGUGGUUGUACUUAAAAAAGCAUUAAAGAAACAUAAAACAAAGUGAGACAAGGUGCACCCCUUAGGGAUACAUUAGGACUAAGCGGUGGGACGUGUCUGACACUAAAACCAGACUAAAAGAAGAAGAACACCUACUUAUUACUGUGUGUUGGUCAUACAGUUCAGUACUGGAAUAGGCUCCACACAUAUAUUCUGUGAUUCUUUGCAGUGGAUUUACAGGCGCAGAUGGAUUUCAGUGAGAUUU